AACGACCCACUUUUCGGCCGAACCCCACCAUCGAUUGAAACGCCAACUGCAGCCGACUUUCAAAUGUUCCCCCUCCAACAUCUUAGAAGAAUAUCUAUCUCAAUCACUACUCCCUACACUCUCUUAGGUUGUCUGGAUUACCUCUGGAAUUAUUACGUCGUAGAGCCCUUCGAAGAAACCGCAAACAGAAUCACGAGUCCUUUAAGAGUCACCAUGGCCGACCCGUUUGACUCGGCUCUCGACCUUCUCCGACGUCUCAACCCCAAGCAUACGACCGCACACCUAAACUCCCUGAUCCACCUGGCACCCGACCUAACUGAGGACCUGCUCUCCUCCGUCGACCAGCCCCUCUCGAUCCGGCGGUGUAAACAGACCGGCCGUGACUACCUUCUAUGCGACUACAACCGUGACGGUGACAGCUACCGCUCGCCAUGGAGCAACGAGUUCGACCCGCCGCUCGAAAGCGGUGCUGCUUCUGCCGCCAGCUUACCGUCCGAGAAGGUUCGCAAGAUGGAGGUUCGCGCCAACGAAGCCUUCGACCUCUACCGAGACCUCUACUACGAGGGCGGUGUCAGUAGCGUAUACUUCUGGAACCUCGACGACGGCUUCGCGGGCGUUGUGCUUUUGAAGAAGGAGGCCAGACCAGGCAGCGCUAGUGAGGGUGCUUGGGACUCGAUUCAUGUCUUCGAGGCGAUCGAUCGAGCUCGUUUCACCCAAUAUAACCUAACAUCCACCGUCAUCCUAUCGCUGUCUACCAAUUCGAACAGCCUCGGAGACAUGGAUCUCUCAGGCAACAUGACCCGCCAGAUCGAGAUCGAACUGCCGGCGGAGAGCGAGGAGCAGCAGAUUGCCAAUAUCGGGAAGCUCGUAGAGGAUAUGGAGCUCAAGAUGCGAAACCUGCUGCAGGAGGUCUACUUCGGAAAGGCCAAGGACGUGGUUGGCGACUUGAGGAGCGUAGGAAGCUUGAGCCAGGGUGCAAAGGACAGAGAAGCUCAUAAGGAGCUCGUCGGAAGCAUGAUGCGAUGACGGGUGACGGGUGACAUCGAAUGAUUAAGAUGACACUUCUAAGAUAUGAUGAUACGGAAAGGUUUACUACGUCCAGGCGUGAUUUUUAGCUACGGGAGUCUCGGACGAUGAGUAUGACAGCGAUGACGAAUAGUUGCACGGCAGCAGCAGAUCGGAAUGAUGACCAGUCGCAGGGUCUCGGAAAAUAUGUCUGACAGUCUGAAACUUGGUAAGUUCGUGUAUGGUCCAGGGGAAACAUCUUAGAUUAGACGUGAGGCUUUGUCUGGGCAUAAUCUCCCCCCAACAGUUUUUAGUUUGAGAGAUCCAAGGUCCCCGCAAGAUCUUUCUUCGAUCGUACGAUCCGUUCCGGCUUCAGGCUUCAGCGCGGAGUACCUAGAUAAUAAUAUCUCGUUCGGCAUAAGCAUUUUAUUAUUAUACUAUGAGAUCGGACGAUACGUAAUUAAAUCUCGUUUCCCGAG